GCCCGUGCCGCGGAGGGGGCCGGGCCGCCGCGUCCCCUGCGCCGCUGCCCGCGUCCUCGCCUGGCCGGUGUCGACGCUGAGGGGCGUCGGCCGACGGGAUGGAGAGACGCAGGAUGAACCUGCCCACGGGGCCGGACACGCUGUGCUUCGACAAGGACGAGUUCAUGAAGGAGGAUUUCGACGUGGAUCACUUUGUGUCUGACUGUAGGAAGCGGGUGCAGUUGGAAGAGCUGAGAGAUGACCUGGAGCUGUACUACAAGCUGCUCAAAACAGCCAUGGUGGAGCUCAUCAACAAGGACUACGCAGACUUUGUCAACCUCUCGACAAACCUGGUUGGCAUGGACAAAGCCCUCAACCAGCUGUCUGUGCCUUUGGGACAGUUGCGAGAAGAGGUUCUGAGCCUUAGGUCAUCUGUCAGUGAAGGAAUUCGAGCAGUAGAUGAACGAAUGUCUAAACAAGAGGACAUCAGGAGGAAAAAGAUGUGUGUGCUGAGACUUGUACAAGUUAUUCAAUCAGUUGAGAAAAUUGAAAAAAUCUUGAACUCUCAAGGUUCUAAAGAAACAUCUGCACUAGAGGCAAACAGCCCACUCUUGACUGGACAGAUGUUGGAGAGAAUAGCCACAGAGUUUAACCAGCUGCAGUUCCAUGCUGUGCAAAGCAAGGGCAUGCCGCUUCUGGACAAAGUGAGACCGCGCAUUGCUGGUAUCACAGCCGUGCUGCAGCAGUCCCUGGAGGGCCUCUUGCUGGAAGGCCUGCAAACCUCCAAUGUCGACAUCGUACGGCACUGCCUGCGAACCUAUGCCACUAUUGACAAGACUCGGGAUGCAGAGGCCUUGGUUGGGCAAGUCCUGGUGAAACCGUGUGUAGACGAGGUGAUCAGUGAACACUUUGUUAAGUCCCAGCCCAAUGGCCUGCAGCUCAUGUAUAAUAAGCUCUUGGAGUUUAUCCCUCACCACUGCCGCCUUCUCCAGGAAGUCACAGGAGGAGCUGCAUCAAGUGAGAAAGCUACCAUUGUCCCUGGAUAUGACUUCCUGGUGAAUUCUGUCUGGCCAGAAAUAGUGCAGGGACUAGAGGAAAAGCUGCCCUCACUCUUCAAUCCUGGGGACCCUGAUGCCUUUCACGAGAAAUAUACCAUAAGCAUGGAUUUUGUGAGAGGAUUUGAACAACAGUGUGGGUCCCAAGCCAGUGUGAAGAGACUGCGAGCACACCCCGCCUAUCAUAGCUUCAGUGACAAGUGGAACUUGCCGGUGUAUUUCCAGAUAAGGUUUCGAGAAGUGGCGGGAUCCUUAGAGGCAGCGCUCGCGGACGGGCUGGCAGAUGCUCCAGCUGGAAGUCCGUAUUGCCUUUCGGCUUCUCACAGAACAUGGAGCAGCCUGAGGAAGUGCUGGUCCAACGAGAUGUUUCUGCCAGUGCUGGCUCAUCGCCUGUGGAGGCUCACACUGCAGAUUUUGGCGCGAUUCUCUGUGUUUGUCAGCGAGCUUUCUCUCAGGCCCAUUUCUAACGAAAGUGCCAAGGAGAUGAAAAAGCCUUUGGUGUCUGGCAGCAAAGACCCUUCUGCAAUCCAAGGAAAUAGUGAGGACCAAGGAAGUGGUCUUCCAGAAACAAAACCAGUGGCCUCCAUUUCCAGCACUCAGCUCGUAUACGUGGUUGCAGACCUGGAUAGGCUUCAGGAACAGCUUCCAGAACUCUUGGAGAUAAUCAAGCAAAAACUUAAAAUGAUUGGAUUUGAGAAUUUUUCUUCUAUCUCAGCGGCCCUGGAGGACUCAAAGAGUGCCUUGUCAGCCUGUGUGCCAGCCGUGAGCAACAAGAUCGUCCAGGCCUUGAGUGAGUCCUGCUUCAGCUGCCUGAAAAGUGCCCAGGAGGUCCCCAGGCUUUACCGGAGGACCAAUAAGGAAGUCCCAACCACAGCCUCCUCUUAUGUGGACAGUGCCCUGAGGCCUCUUCACCAGCUUCAAAGUGGACACAAGGAUAAGCUGAAGCCUGCAGUGAUGCAGCAGUGGCUACAGCGGGCGCUGUCUGAGAGCACUCACAAGUACUUUGAGACCGUGUCUGAUGUCCUGAACUCUGUGAAGAAGAUGGAGGAGAGCCUGAAGAGGCUGAAGCAAGCCAGGAGAACCAUGGCCACCAACCCUGUGGGCCCCAGUGGUGGCUUGAGCGAUGAUGACAAGAUCCGGCUGCAGUUGGCCUUGGAUGUGGAGUACUUGGGAGAGCAGAUACAAAAGAUGGGCCUGCAAGCAGGUGACAUCGAAAGCUUCUCAGCCCUUUCAGAGCUUGUCCUCGCUGCCAAGGACCAGGCCUCAGACCAGCCUUAGGCCUCCUGGAAGGUCCAGGAGGCCACGGCCUUCAACGUCAUCCAGCAGGGCCCACGCCUGUGCCUGCACCCCUCCCCAGCACACGUGGUCUUCUUUCACCCAGAGAGAGCCGAAGCUUUCCAUUGUAUGGAAGAUAGUUUUUAAGACAUUUGAAACUUUUUACUAUAGUUCACAGAACAAAUUACUUUAUUUUUAUUGUAAAUCUUAAUAUAGAAGAGCUGAUUUCUACAGUAGGGUUAAAAUAAAUGCACACCUGGGUUCAAGGCUGUCUCCCGAUCCAGUCCUGCUGUGAAAACCCACACAGUGUGGAACAGCGUGGGUGGCAUUGUCACCCGGGCUCCCGAGAGACUGCAGGGCGAUGGUGCCCAGGCUCGUGCUCUGUGUAUCAGAGCAGUGCUUCUGGUCUUGCCAUCACCCACACCUGUCAAGAUCCAGAGCCUCAUUUCCUAAAUAAAAGAAAUGUCUGCCACAAAGUGUGUGCCUUGAGUUUGUGAAUUCAGCAUAGUUGAGGUGGCUCUUGUCAUGCAUGCCUUGCAGUGACAUGGUGAGAGUUCUGACCCAUGAAUGACUAGCACAGACCUCUGCUGCAGAGGCCACGGAGAGCCUGUUGCAGUGUUGGGGAAGAAGACUCAUCCAAGCUGUUGGGAGCUGAAAAGGUCUCUGGAGAUUGUGGCUGGGCCGUUCACUGGCAUAUUUCCACUCUCUAUGCAUGGCCAGGUCACUUCAUCCGGCCCAGCCUUACCCCACAGUAGGCCCUACAUCUCCUGUUGGAUUGCUUUGCCUCCCCACUUGGUUUAAAGCAAGACAGGAGCGUAACUUCUUAGCCCCCCAACUCCAGCACUGUUCUUUGU